AUGAAGCAGAGACCUCUCGAGAACGCUCAAAAAACUCAUAAAAAUUCACCAUCUGACACUGACGCUGAUGCGCUUUUUACACGUUCGAUUACUGAAACGACUAAAGUUGAAGUCGAGAAAGAAAAAGAAGUAAAAAAAAAUAAAAACCAUAAUAAAAAAAAUUAUGUAAAAUGGAAAUUAAAAGCGAAUAAGGUUUGUAGAAAGGUAAUUGCUAUCGAUUAUCUAUCGUCUAAGUGGUUAAGAGUGAGUCUCGCCAAUAUCUGA